UUUGUGCAGCAUGUUGCCGUACCAGGCGGUGGCGAUGGACUACGCCGUCACGUCGUCCUUUCAGCGGCAGCCGGGUUCUGGUGCGCUCAUCAACCCGGCCUUCACGCACUCCUGUAUCUUGGAGGUGCGGAAGGAGAAGAGUCGAGAUGCAGCUCGCAUCCGGCGCGGCAAGGAGAACUUCGAGUUCUACGAGCUGGCCAAGAUGCUGCCCCUGCCCGCCGCCAUUACAUCGCAGCUGGACAAGGCGUCCAUCAUCCGGCUGACCAUUUCCUACCUCAAGCUGCGCGACUUCUCGGGCCACGGCGACCCGCCAUGGAGUCGCGACGGCCCGCCGCCGAAUAAAAGCGUUAAGGGCCCUGUCCGGCCGCGUUCUGUUGCUGGAAUAGCGAUGGAAAUGUUCGAGCAGCACCAAGGAACCCAUAUUCUGCAAUCGCUGGACGGAUUCGCCUUCGCCCUGGCUGCAGAUGCGCGGUUUCUGUACAUUUCGGAGACCGUCUCCAUCUACCUAGGUCUCUCACAGGUGGAGAUGACGGGCAGCAGCAUCUUCGAGUACAUCCACCAGCAGGACCACGCGGAGCUGGCCGAGCAGCUGGGUCUGGGGCUGGCGCAGGGGCAGUCGCUCGCCUCGCCCGGCAGCGCGGGCUCCGAGGAGGGCGCGCCCCAGGGCACCAACAACCCCGACGUGGCGACACAGAUGAGCUUGAGUAGCAGCUCGGCGUACAAGGGGCUGGACCGAGCCUUCUGCGUACGGAUGAAGUCCACGCUAACGAAGCGGGGCUGCCACUUCAAGUCUUCGGGAUACCGGGUGGUGCUGGUGCUGAGCCGGCUGCGGCCGCAGUACACGUUCUCGCACGCGCGCAAGUCGUCGCCGCCGCUGCUGGGCAUGGUGGCCAUCGCCAUGGCGCUGCCGCCGCCCAGCGUCCACGAGAUCCGCCUCGAGUCCGACAUGUUCGUCACACGUAUCAACUUCGACUUCCGGAUAGCGCACUGCGAACCUAGGGUAUCAGAAUUACUCGACUACACGGCCGACGAACUGACAGGCAAGAACCUCUACACAUUGUGCCACGGGGAAGACGCCAACAAGCUGAGGAAAUCCCACCUCGACUUGAUCAACAAGGGGCAGGUGAUGACGCAGUAUUACAGGUUAAUGAACAAGAGCGGAGGCUACACGUGGGUGCAGACGUGCGCCACCGUCGUCUGCAACUCGAAGAACGCAGACGAGCAGAACAUCAUCUGCGUCAACUACAUUAUCAGCGGACGCGAGUACGAGAACGUGGUGAUGGACUGCUGCCAGAUGGACGACGCCGUGCCGCAGACAGUCAAGAGGGAGGACAAUGACCCCGAGAACCCCUCUCCCGACGCCGACAGGCCCGGCGGUCGCAGCAGCGGCGCGGGCGCGGCCAGCCAGCAGCAGCCGCCGCAGCAGCCGCAGCCGGAGCCCCACCGGUCGCCACCGGACCUGGAGGAGGGCUCUUCGCAGGGCGCGGCCGGCGCCGGCGCGGGCGCUGGCGCGGGGGAGCCGCACGGCAGACGGCUCGCCGCCCCCGCACCCGGCCCAUCGCAGCUCGGCGGCGGGCUGAGCAUCCGCGCGCUCAAGAAGCUGGCGGCGACGCGCGGACGCCCGCACAAGCGCAAGCUGCUUUCUGACGAGGACAGCAGCUGCUGCAGCUCCGACGAAGACGACGAGGACGACGAGGACUCGUCGGCGGCAGCGGCGGCGGCUGCGGCGGCGGCGUCGGUGGCGGCGUCGGCGGCGGCGGCGGUGGCGAUGGCAGCGGCGGCGGCCAAGCGAGCGGCCGUGCUCAGCCCCGCGUCCUCGUCCUGCCACUCGUCGUCGGCGGCGGCCGCGCUGCCCUCCGACCACAGCCCCAAGCCCGACGACCCCGACGGCCAGCCCGGGCCCCCAGGUGGUGGCGGAGCAGGGGGCGGCGGUACGUCGGUGAAAGACCUGGAGCACGCCAUGUCGAAGCACCUCCCGGCGGCCACACCACCACAGCAGCAGCAGCAGCAGCAGCCGACGGACUUCAGCACGGACGCGCUUCUGAAGCAGCAACAGCAGCAGCAGCAGCAGCGGAGUACGAUCCAGUGGAUCGGCGCGCAUCACCUGGGGCCGCACGGCGCGCACCAGGCGACGGCGGCCGGCCCGCUGCCCGCGUCGGCGCUGCUGCGCCAGCUGUACGCCAACCGCGAGAGUGUCAUCCGCGCCAACGUGCACGCUGCCGCCGCCGCGCGCGGCUCCUCCGCCUACUACACCGCCGACCAGGCCGCCGCCUCGAGCGCCGCCGCCGCUACUGCCUACGACUACCACUCGGCCAUGACUCCGCCCUCGUCCGUGUCGCCGCGCGACAAGCACCAGCAGCAGCUCUUCGACGGUUACCAGUACGAGCUGCCCGCUCAGCCGCUCCCUCUUAAGCCGCAGGUGUACUCUGCUGUACAUCCAUCGGCCCUAGAUGCUGCAUACUCAUCGCUAGACCAGGCACAAUUCUAUCACCACCAUGGGGCAGCACAAGCAUUUCAUCUCUACCAUCCAGCAGCUAAUAAGACAGUGACAGCCACAGCAACUGUCUACCCAGAAGCACUGAAGAACUCUGCCAACUGGUAUUCCACCACUUCCUAGUACAGCCAACGCAGCCCUUCAGAAUAUUUGUACUUAAUGUCAACACAUGUAAUAUAACAUACAGUUCAUUUUUCAGUGUAAGAUAUUACAGAGUGUGUCUAGUGAGCACAUUUGGGUGAGAAGAAACUGCAGGCCAAAGUAAACUUUCUGCUCUGUUUUCUGAGACUAUAGUGAAAAUUCAGUCUGUCCGAUUAUUUAACAGAGCUUGGAACUGAAGUGAUAAGCAUUCCAAGUGUACAGGAAGCUUUCUUUUACAUAUUUCCUUCAUAUGUAGGUCAUACAGUUUGCAGAAGAAAUAUUUGUAGCUGCAGCUGUGUCACUGCAGCAUGGAUGAAUGCAGAUACUUUUACAGACAAAGCUAAAAUACAGACUGAGAUUGUUCUGCCUUACAGAUGAUGGAGAGGUAUGAUUCAGCCCCAUUGUAUCCAGAUGGAGGGCUAAAAAGUCAAUGACAAGGAGUAUUCUUAGCUCAAGCAUAAUAAUACUCUACAAUUUCUUGUGUCUGGUUAAGAACACUAUCAAAGAUUCACAAUUAACUGCUUCACACACUGAAAAAAAUUGUGAUUGGCACUCAGUUGUAUUCUACUAGAUUCAGUGUUAAUGUUUAAGCAGUUACAGCUUCAACAACAGCAGCAUUAGUUACAUGAAGAAAGAAGACUCAAUUUCUUCAGAACUGUGUUUUAAUGUCAUCUUGUGCCACAUUGCACCGUUGACUCACAAUGUAUAUUUUCUCAGUCGAAGAAUUUUGCUAUUAAUUAUAUGUAAUUGUGUCCAGUUAGGCCUAUUCUUUCUUGUAGUUUCCUUGUCUCCAUAUUUAUUAAGUAAUACAGCUAUUAGCAAGAACUGUUGAAUGUUGACAUUUUCUGCUAUUAAAGUUUCAUGUGUUAAAUUGUAUUAGGAUAUGUUUUGCAUAUCUUCUUAUGCAGAAUAAUUGGAACCAACAUUUCCAAUUUUUCAGUGUAAGUGAACAAAUGUUAAAAGUCAUUUUUUUGUGCAUGGUUGUGUUUAUAAUUUUUCUGCACUACUGUUCAUUCAUAUAUGGAAAUAAUUCUGAAAUGUUAUUAGAAUGAAAGUAAUGAAGUGUGUGUAUGAUGGUAUAUAAAAAUGUAACAUAUAAAUAUGUGUGUUUACGUGUUUCAAAUGUGAUUGAAGUUAAUGUGAUGGUUACUGAUAAGAGAUAUAGUUCUGAAAUUUUUCAGAAUGAGAAUUAUGUGACAGUGUAUUUACGAUCAGAUUUUUACUGUAAGUAAUGGACACUUUUCAAUAGGUAUUUUUGCCUAGCAUUAUAACUAAAUGAUGCAUAAACCAAAGUUAGAAGUGCUAUUUUGAAGGAGGGCUGCUUCAGUUUUUGUGCCAUUGACCUGUGCAAUAGUCUGUGGUGAUGAAGUUAAAACAGAAACUUCAACUGGUUCAUAAAAGCUGUGAAAAUCAGAAUUGAGAACAUUGGCAUCAUGAGUAUACACACAUUUCUGCAUUUGGUAGCCAUCAUCUUUAGCUCUAGAUUUGAGCUUGUGACAGAAAUGAAAAUUCUGAGACCAUGGCGAAUAUCAAAUUUCAUUUAUAUUGCAAGCCAAAGGGAACUCAGAGCAAUAAAAACUUUCAAAGAAACAACUCUACUACUGAGAAAGUUUUUGAUACAACUAUAGAAAAAAACAUAACACUGGCAAUUGGCAUGUAUGAUAUGUAUUAGUUUGGGUUGCAUAUUGCUGUGAAAACCAGGAGCACAGUCGAUGUUCAUAAAUGUUUUCUGUCCCUCAAGAAUAAAUUUUGUUCAGAUAUCGUAUGCAAAAAUACAUAACUCAAAAGUAAGCAAUAAGGUUUUUUUUUUUUUGACAAAAAGGUUCUCUGUGCAAUCUAAAGUAAAUUGUUGUAUGUUGAGUACUAACUUUAAAAACUCAAACAGCUCUGUUUCCUGCAUUACACAUUCUCUGACACUACUUACUGAAUUGAUUUAAAUACACUUAUGAUUCCACAAUUUGUUUUUAUGGAUUCAUACUAAUGACCAAGUAAGUCAAGAAAAUCAAUAUCUUUUCUGCAAUACAUGCAGUCUUGGUAGUUAAGUUUUGCAGUGCUUAGAUAGCUGGCAAUCCUUUCAGAUGCAGUCCCUUAUCAAAGUGUUCACUUAAUCACACUGGGCCAUUUACUUAAUAUGUCACCAUACCAUGUAUGAAAGACAUCAAGUUGAAAUAGCAAACUGGACCACAAAUUAAAAUUAGGUGCCAAUGUCUGAAAUUACCAUAAAUCCCCUUCCAAUUUCUGUUACACUUAAGAAUGAAACUACUUAACACUUUAGUCAACAUGUAGCAUUUACUGAAGAAUAAAAAUAUUCAAAUGUGGUUCACUAAUUUUAUCACUUACAUAAGAACUCAAUGUGGAACUAUGAAGCAGGCAAAUUCAGCAAAAUAAUUCUUGUCUUCUAACUGACAACAACAGAUAGAAUCAUAUAUAAACCCUUGCAUAGCUCACACAAGUUCCUUUCACAUUCACUUUGGUGCAUAUAAACCAUAGUAUUUUCAUGGCAGUGAGUGUGGGUUGUUUACUUAUUUACUUCUGUAUGAUCUCUAAUUUCUUUUUAUUUAUUUAUGCCAGUUUUCUUGCAGAGACACUUUGCUGCUUCAGUGCAAACAAAUUUAAUUUCCAGAAGUCGAAGAAAACAAAUAGCAAAUGUGCAAGGCUGCUGAGAGUCUGAAAUUUGCUUAUUUUCGUGUUAUUGUGAACCAUUUGUUGUACACAGGCAAUUUUAUUUUAUGCAGUACAUUUUUUAUUACAUAAUCACAUAAUGCUGUUAGCAAACUUGAGGAUUAAUUCUUUCAUACAGCACAAAAUUUUAUGACAACUUAGCUAUGAGAUAUAGAAGUUAAAUAAAUUCAGCAGGUGUAAGGCUUUAAAAAUUUUUCAAAAUACAUAUUAACAAUAAUAUGUUUUUAAAGAAAAUUAUUUGUGUAUCUCGGAAUGCACCAUCAAAUUUUUGCCUCUCAGAUCUUUGCCUCUUCAAAAUUUAUAUUAAUUAGUUCACAUUAACAUUACAUAAAAAAAGUUCUCCCAAAAGUUUGUACAAAAAGGUUUAUUUGAUACAUAUAAAAUUGUGUCACGACUUGCAAUUUAUUAUGUGUGUGGUUAACCAAUAUAGAUGUAUGAGUGCUAUUUAUUUAUGAGGCUCAAGCGUUUCUGAGUCUUCAAAAAUUCUAUGUUGAAUAUAGAAGGGGAUACAUUUCACUGUACAAGUAGGCUCAAGUUUCCACAUGCAAUUUAAAAAAGCUUUGUGUUGCACAUUCUUCAUUAUCAGUGAUUCAUUGUGAAUAUAGGAAGUCAUCACUGGUUGCACUGUACCAUUCUAACGCUAAAUGACAUGUGCUGUAGUUCACUUUUUAAGGACAAUUGAAAACUUAUAUAUAGUAGGGCAUAAUACAAAAUUACAAACUAACAUUUUCUUAAAAGCAAAGAAGAGUAGAUCGAGCUAGAUUCUAUUUGCUAUAUUAAGUAUAAGAUAAAUAAGAGUAAGGUACAUGAGAAAACACGGUCAAAAAUGUAUUAGCUAUCUAUAAAACAAUUUUUCAGAAUUCACCAUGAAAUUUUCACUGAGGGAUUUUUUUCUUGUCAAUUGACAGAGAAAAAUUUUUAUCACAGCAAAAAUGCAACAUACACUACACUUUUAUUUUUGCUUAUGUAUGUUUUAUGAUGUGAAAUACCAAUAACAUAAUUCUCAAAUUAAAUUGGACAUCAAACACAAAUUAGGAUUAUCAAAUAACCGUUACAGGGAGAGUUAAUUCUCUCUAUAAUUUUUUCAUUCACACAUACAUUGUUGCAAAACAGAACUACUUAUUCCAAAAUGUGAAGCUGUGGUAGAUAAAUAUCUUCCCACUCAUAAAUUUCCCUAAAAACAAACCAGACAGUUUAUUUGAUGGCUACUGCAUACUCCUGAUAUCAUUAUCUCUCAAAAUAUUUCUGUAGCAAUUAAAGACUUCACAGCUGCCCUUCUUGAUGCAUCUCCCAAAGAAUUUGUGUACACACAGGGUGUGUCCAUCAGCUGCAACAUGAAAAAUCUUUUCGUUGAAUGUAAUGUAAUUUGUAUGUAAUCUACAUGAUGACGGAAACAAAAGGUAUUUGUUUCAGUACAUGUUGAUUCAUAUAUAAUUUGUGCUUUCUGAAGCAGACAGAUCAUGCUGUCCAUUAUGUGUAAUUAUCUAAUGUGGACAAAUGAUAGCUGUUAAAUAUGUAUCCUGUUAGUUAUGAAACUUGAAGCAUUAUUCAGGAUACACAUUCAACUGUUGCAUUUAAUAUUUAUAUGAUUUCUGAAUUUUAUAUGUUAUAAAAGUAAAUUUUUUAAUGUAUUGUUAAAGAGUUAAGUUUUUUUCACAGUCAUUAAAUCAAAAUUCCUCCACUACAUGACUGAGAAUUCUCAUUUAAGACAUUAGAUAGCCUUUAUCACCCACUGGCAUGAUUCAUAAAUAGAAAAUAUAAGCUAUAAGCCUUAUGCAAAAUAGAUGAUGUUUAAAAUGUUACAACUCUGUCCUCUGAGAACUAUACAUUUUCUUCUUAGCUCUGUUACAUUUCUGAAUUUGAAAAAAAAAAUUGAUAACUGUUCAUACUCAGAAAAACACAUAUUUUUCAAUGAAAUCCAAUAUUUUCCUUUCCUAUAUGUAUAUUCCCUGUUUCAUGCUACAUCUCACAUUUUUAGUUGAACAAUGUGCAGUAACACUGAGGCACUCACAUGAAUCAGCUCAAUGACAAAAAAGGUUUAAAUAAUUAAAAGUGAUCACUGGUAUUAAAAUAACAUUCCAUGUCAGUGGUUAGUUAUUGAAAAGGUACCCACUGCACAGAGUAUUGCAAUUAUAAUUAGACUGAUCAUAAAUCAGGCUUGUUCAUUUCUGCAAAAUUCAACAGCUGUUGAACUUCGUAUCCACUUUUUAUGACAGUUACAAUUUUAGUAUUUCAGACAGUAAUAAUUAAGCAUUUUAAACAUUUGUUAAUCUGUUGAAUAUGACGAUUGUUCAUAACAUUAGGCGUUUCACAUAAUGUGUUCAUUUAAGAUAAUGUUCUCUUUGUUGGAUGAACAAUAAAGUACAACUUAAAACUGAAUGGAAACAUUAUGGCCUUUAUUACUUUUAGGAAACUGAAGUCAGCAUUUCAACAUUCAGAGGGAUAAAGAUAUUGUGUCAAUAUUUAGCAAAAAUGUACAAAAUGACAUGGCAUAGUCAAACAGAAACUUCAAUACCAAAGCUUAAUAAUAUCUAUGUACAUGAUGUGAAACAUAACAUGUAAUUAUUCUUUACAAAUCAUUUCAAUAAUUUUAAAUAAUAUCAGAAGACAUUUUCAAAUUAUGCAUCACAAUUAUCUAACA